AUGGCAGUGGAGGACAGCAUGGUGCGGGUGGUGGUGCGGGUACGGCCCCCCACCCCUCGGGAGCUGGACAGUCAACGUCGGCCUGUGGUUCAGGUGGUGGACGAGCGGGUGCUGGUGUUUAACCCUGAGGAGCCCGAUGGAGGGUUCCCUGGCCUGAAAUGGGGCAGCAUCCAAGAUGGCCCCAAAAGGAAGGGCAAAGACCUGACGUUUGUCUUUGACCGGGUCUUUGGAGAGGCAGCCACCCAACAGGAUGUGUUCCAGCACACCACCCACGGCAUCCUGGACGGCUUCCUCCAGGGUUACAACUGCUCAGUGUUUGCCUAUGGGGCCACCGGGGCCGGGAAGACACACACCAUGCUGGGAAGGGAGGGGGACCCUGGCAUCAUGUACCUCACCACUGUGGAGCUGUAUAGGCGUCUUGAGGCCCUCCAGGAGGAGAAGCGCUUUGAGGUGCUCAUCAGCUACCAGGAGGUGUACAAUGAGCAGAUCCACGACCUCCUGGAGCCCAAGGGGCCCCUCGCCAUCCGUGAGGACCCCGACAAGGGGGUGGUGGUGCAAGGACUUUCUUUCCACCAGCCAGCCUCAGCUGAACAGCUACUGGAGAUGCUGACCAGGGGGAAUCGGAACCGCACACAGCACCCUACUGAUGCCAAUGCCGCAUCCUCCCGCUCCCAUGCCAUCUUCCAGAUCUUUGUGAAGCAGCAGGACCGGGUUCCAGGACUGACCCAGGCCGUUCAGGUGGCCAAGAUGAGCCUGAUUGACCUGGCUGGCUCAGAGCGGGCGUCCAGCACCGGCACAAAGGGAGAGCGGCUGCGGGAGGGCGCCAACAUCAACCGCUCUCUGCUGGCCCUCAUCAACGUCCUCAAUGCCCUGGCCGACGCAAAGGGCCGGAAGACUCACGUGCCCUACCGGGACAGCAAACUGACCCGCCUGCUCAAAGACUCCCUUGGGGGCAACUGCCGCACGGUGAUGAUCGCUGCCGUCAGCCCCUCCAGCCUGGCCUACGAGGACACGUACAACACCCUCAAGUAUGCCGACCGGGCCAAGGAGAUCAGGCUCUCGCUGAAGAGCAACGUGAUCAGCUUGGACUGUCACAUCAGCCAGUAUGCCACCAUCUGCCAGCAGCUCCAGGCUGAGGUAGCUGCUCUGAGGAAAAAGCUCCAGGUGUAUGAGGCAGGAGCCCAGCCCCCACAUCAGGACAUCCUAGGGUCCCCCAAGUUGGGCCCACCACAACAACACCAGCCCUGCACCCCGGAGCUCCCCGUGGGGUCCGGAACCCUUCAAGAGGAGAGCCUGGAGACAGAGGCCCAGGUAGAGAGGGUCGUGGAAGGGAACUCUUCAGACCAGGAGCAGUCCUCAGAGGACAAGGACAAAAGCCCAGCAGAGGAGGUUCCAAUCCAGAUGCCAGAGCAGAGCCUCAGGCAUCCACUGCCAGGGCCCCAUGGCCUGACCUUGCAGCCCAAGCCCAUCGUGGGCCACCGCUCACCACAGAAGCUGGACAGGGACCAUCCUAUGCAGUUGGCCCUGAAGAUGCUGUGCCUGGCCCAGCGGCAGUACUCCCUGCUCCAAGCAGCCAACCUCCUGACCCCUGACAUGAUCACAGAGUUUGAGACCCUGCAGCAGCUGGUGCAAGAGGAAAAAACUGAGCCUGGGGCGGAGGCCUCCAGGAGUCCUGGGCUGGCCGGAGGGACACCUCUGGCUCAGGAGCUGUGUUCAGAGUCAAGUGAGUCUCACCCUGUCCUACCCUCACCCCCUUCUCUCUGCCCAGAGUCUCCAGCGUACUCUGGCCCCGUGACCCGGACCAUGGCAAGGCGACUGAGUGGCCCCAUGCACACUCUGGGCAUCCCACCUGGGCCCGAGUGCUCCCCAUCGCAGGCAUCCCGAUGGCCAAUGGAGAAGAAGAGGAGGAGGAGACCAAGCCCCUCGGAGCCAGACAGUCCCCCUGCCCCAAAGCAGAGAAGCAAGCGCCAGCGCCGGUCCUUCUUGCCCUGCCUGAGGAGAGAGUCUCUGCCUGAAGCCCAGCCAUCAUUUGGGCACAGCACCCCCAAAGGGGGAAGGGCCUCCUCCCCCUGCCAUUCCUCUCGUGUCUGCCCAGCCACAGUCAUCAAAAGCCGGGUGCCCCUCGGCCCUUCUGCCAUGCAGAACUGCUCCACUCCGCUGGCCCCACCCACUCGGGAUCUCAAUGCCACCUUUGAUCUCUCUGAGGAGACCCCCUCAAAGCUCAGUUUCCAUGAAGGCGCUGGCUGGGAGAAAGUUCCCCAGGAGCUGAACAGGCUGGACCAGCCCUUCUUGCCCAGCGGACCCGUGCUGUUCACCAUGAAGGGCCCCAAGCCGACAUCUUCCCUCCCUGGGACCUCAGCCUGCAAGAAGAGGCGCGUUGUGAGUUCCUCAGUCUCCCGGGGCCGCAGCCGCAUCGCCCGCCUCCCCAGCAGCACCUUGAAGAGGCCAGCUAUGCCCCUCGAAAUCCCAGAGCUUUCCUUGAGCCCCCUCCAUGCUGGGGACAGGAGGAGCAGGAAGGAACUCACUGGGGUUGGGAGAGUGCUGUCAGCUGGGAACUGCAUCGCCAAGGUGUCCUGACCACCAAGGUGUUCUGACUCACCAGCCGCUCUAGGCAGGCCACCCCCACUUGGUCCCUGAAGCCACCUACACCAGGAGCCCCGACCUGCCUGCCU